AUGUUCUCCGGGUGUUACGAUAUCGGUUCGGCGGGCGACAAGAAGGAUUCAGAUGGUCAAUUGCCUGAUAUACACAAAAUCGAAAGAACGAGGUACAUCCCAUCGACAGCGGCAGCGAAACUUGGACGAAAAAAGCCAAAACGUUCUCGAUUGGUUCAAAGCAGUAAAUUAACAGCGACGAAAUUCGAUUUCAAUCCUCAAUUAUUAACACCAGAGGAACCGGUUACCCCGAAACCCGAUGAAACUACUCCAGAUCCUAAGCCAAAAUCUGGCAUGACGCUUCCACUACUACCUCUCGAAAUUCAUGAGAAGAUCUUGGAAUACCUACCUUAUGAAGAGCAUUUCACACUGGCGCAGGUCUGUGAUGUCUGGAUGGAACUUCUUCAAACCGACAAGUUUGCUGUAAAGCGGUAUCGAUCACUUCGAGUCGGGCAGACUGCUGUGUUAAGACACUGGUUCGAACCAACCUUAUCCGAACGGUACCGAAGAGCUACCACGAACUUCUUGUUAUACAACCAAAAGUUAUUUCUGGAGAUGUAUAGAGGUGAAGAUCGUACCGCUACUUUGAUAAUCUCAAGUAAACCGGACGAUAAACGGGUGCUUUCACGGGAAGAAAGAGUUUUGAAGAAAAGACGGGAUCAGGUGGUAAAUAUCUGUCAAAUACUCCCCGCGAAUCAUCAAUAUGUGGAAAUUCAAAAAUUGGCCUUAUUCGAAAGAGAUACCAUCUUUUUUGUCGGACAACACCCGAGUUUGAAAGCACAUUCGAGAGGGGGACAGCGCAUAUACUUCUCGACGGUCUAUCUCAACGCCCAUACCUACCGUGAUAUCAUAAACCCACCGGAUGUCGCAUAUAUCACGGUUCCAGACGUAUUUUGCUCUGCAGAAACGACAUUAAAAGUACUCAUGGAAGGGAUCAACAAACAUAUUACGAAACACGUAUUAGAUAGGUACAAACAAGUCUGCGGUUGUGUCGCUUUCUUCACUUGUUACUCGAAAGGAGGGGUUUCAGAUCUUCCUGGGGUUGUGGUCAGAUUACUGGUCUUCGUUGUGGAACCGGAACAUCAAGAUUUAUAUGUGCAGGACGAGGAGGGUUGCUAUACUGCACAAUUGAAGGAUCCUUCUGCUGCUGAAUCCUUUAACUUUGGAUUUUCGGGUUCGCAGGUUUCGUUUCGGGCAAGGAGUAUUACUACUAAAAAAGCUAUGUCUGAGAUUUCGGGACAAGGAUUAUCGAAGGAUUCUGGGGGUGAGGAACCGUUUAAAGCCGUUUUGGGGGAUAUGGAUAACCUUUUUAUUUCGGAUAAGUCACUGUUCUCUCCAUAG